AUGGCCGACGCCGAGCGAGACCCUCAAUUAAGCAGCGCCACUGCCCCCGCGGUGACGGCGGCAGCUGAGCAGCCCAAGCCUUUACCAAAGGGAAUGGUCUUGGGCCCAGAUGGCAAGCCCGCCUUUUCGAGCUGGGCUUCCCAGAUGGGCGGCUCGGUGAAGAAAGCAACCCCGGUGACCUCGGCGCCUGUUGACGACUGUCCCCCGGACGUCGAAGCCCUCGGACGAGGCACUUGGCAACUGCUACACUCGAUCGCCGCGACGUACCCCGAAAAGCCUUCUCCCACCCAGAAAGACGACCUCCGAGGUUUCAUGAGAUUAUUUUCCAAGCUGUACCCUUGCUGGGUUUGCGCCGAAGAUUUCCAAACAUACAUACAAAAGGAACAGAUUCGAGUUGAGGGGCGGAGCGAGUUUGGGAACUGGCUGUGCGAGGCGCACAACGAGGUCAAUCGGAAGCUGGGCAAGAAGGAGUUUGACUGCAGCAAAUGGGAAGAGCGAUGGCGGACGGGCUGGAAAGACGGUCGCUGUGAUUAA